GUUGAUUCUUUGAAGCUUGCGUCACUUCCGUGUCUCGUUGCGCACCUGUGCAACUCUCGCGAGAUUGAGCAGCGCCACAUAAAUCUCGCAGUGAUGGCUGCGCCCCCCGACACAGAGAGUUUGGAGUCCCGUAUCAACAGAGCCACAAACCCACUGAACCGAGAGACAGACUGGAGCAGCAUCCACGCCUUCUGCGAGCAGCUCAACAAUGAUUUAGAGGGACCUCAGCUGGCCACCAGGCUCCUGGCCCACAAGAUCCAGUCUCCACAAGAGUGGGAGGCCAUGCAGGCACUUGUAGUUCUGGAGACGUGCAUGAAGAACUGUGGGAAAAGGUUCCACAGCGAGGUGGGCAAGUUCCGGUUCCUUAAUGAACUAAUCAAAGUMGUUUCUCCAAAGUAUUUAGGCUCGCGCUCCCCAGAGGCUGUGAAGAAGAAAGUUUUGGAYUUGAUCUACAGCUGGACUUUGGGUUUACCUGAUGAGACCAAGAUCUCUGAUGCCUAUCAGAUGCUUAAGAAACAAGGUAUCCUUAAACAAGACCCAGAGCUGCCGCCUGACAAACUGUUGAACCUUCCUCCACCCAGACCCAAGAAUACCAUCUUUGAGGAUGAAGAGAAGUCAAAAAUGCUGUCUCGCCUGUUGAACAGCUCACACCCCGACGACCUAAAAGCUGCCAACAAACUCAUCAAGGAAAUGGUCCAAGAGGAUCAGAGGCGAGCAGAGAAAGUGUCGAAGCGAGUGAACGCCAUCCAGGAGGUGAAGGAGAGCGUCGCCCUGCUGACUCAGCUUCUGCAGGACUACGACAGCGCCGCUACGAAUCAGAGCAACGCUGAACUCGUACAGGAUUUAUACCAGCGCUGUGAGAAGAUGAGYCCCACAUUGUUCAGGCUGGCAAGUGAUACGGAAGACAAUGAUGAGGCUCUGGCCGAGAUCCUUCAGGCCAACGACAGCCUAACCCACGUCAUCAACCUGUACAAGCAGCAGGUGAAGGGGGAGAUUGUGAACGGGAACAACACGUUAAACACUCAGAAAKCUACUGGACGGACAGCGCUGUUGGACCUGUCUGGUUUGGACACUUCACCUCAGUCCCUCACUGAGUUUCCCACUCCGACACAUGGUUUGACCGCUCCGUCGCAGGAGAUGAGGAUCAGRCUUCUUGACGAUGAGCUCAUGUCACUCGGUCUGAGUGAAGGAACACAUGCUUCCAACGCCCCCUCACAGCCGGAGGACUCCACGGCGUGGGACUCCUUCCAGUCCUCUGACAGCAUUGACACAGACAUCCCAGCAGCACCCAGCCUCCUGCUGAGUCCUGAUCCCCCCUCCCACCCUCAGCCCCACCAGGGGAACUCAGCUCUGGARGAGUUGGACCUGCUGGGGAAGACGCUGCUGCAGCAGUCCCUGCCUCCAGAGGGCCUGCAGGUCAAAUGGGACAAGCAGCAGAGCAAACCGACUCUAAGAGAUCUCCAGAAUAAAUCUGCAGCCAACAUGAGUCCACAGCCUGUUCUGCCCUUCGUCCACGAUCAUCCCAGUCCUCUUCCAAACUGUCAGCCCAAACCCGGAGCCACCCUGCUGGACAAGUCUCCGUCUCACACAGAAACUCCUCCCGCAGACGUUACACUGGCUAAUGUUUUUGUUCCACUAGAAUCCAUAAAACCCAGUAGUCUUUUACCAAUAACCGUGUUUGACGGACACAGUCUGCGAGUUCUCUUCCACUUUGCUCGGGACUCUCCUCCGUCUCGACCCGACAUCCUGGUGGUCAUCAUCUCUAUGUUGUCCUCAGCCCCCGCCCCCGUCACCAACAUACACUUUCAGGUUACUGCUGUAAAGUCUUUGGCAGUAAAGCUGCAGCCUCCAUCAGGAGCAGAACUCCCCGCUUUUAAUCCCAUCCUCCCUCCUGCUGCCAUCACACAGAUCCUGCUCGUAGCAAACCCAAACAAGGAGAAGGUUCGGCUGCAGUACAGACUAACCUUCACGUUGGGCGAGCAGGAGCACAGCGAGAGCGGCAGCGUAGAACAGUUCCCUCCUCCGGAGAAGUGGGGGAACCUAUAGCAUCGAACACCUCAACCUGACAGACUUUCUGCUUUUCAGACUCGACCUCCUCCUGAACACUCCGCCUCAUUCAGUUCUCCUCUGUGAUCACGUCGAAGCGCCGUCGGAUCGGGAUGUUUUUUUUCUAGGGAUUAUACCGACGCUCAACGUGACGUGUGUAUGCUUUGCUCUGAAUUGGUCACGCGUGUCUGUUUGUAUGUGGCUGCACUGAAACAAGCCUGCAACUGCUUCCUCCAGUUUUCUCAUCUGUUGUUUUAACAGUGUGCAUCUUUCAUUUCCCAUCUUUUUUCUUUUCAAAUCCUCGUGUGUUCACCUUCAGCUCAGCAUGCUUUGUCAACAGGCCACACAGUCUCAAAAUCAAACGUUAAGUCCAAACUAUAGACUCAAAUUGAAAAGAGCAUAAUUAUAUUAACUUUGUGGUGUUGGUUGAGUUUGUGCUGAGUCACUUUCUGAUUGCAGAUCCCUUUGAUAGCACUUAUUUUUGUCAUUUCCUCUUUGUGUCUCGAACAAAAUCUACUGUAACAUCAGAGUUGUGUAUUUUCUGCCAUAUGUGCCUAUUUUUGGAGUUUUAACAUAGUUUUUAUUUCUUUAAAAUCAAUUUAUUUGUUUUUUCAUGAGUUACAUGUCCAUAUAUCUGGGUUACAAAUCAGCUCUUUUUUUUGUAAUAUCUUUAUCAUGGUUAAAGUUAAAAUAGCAUCUUUUAUCAUAGUGUUUAAGUUAUUAUUGAAGCAUUUAUCGGGUUAAACUGAAGAUCAGAAACUUGAAUAUAUGCAAAGUGAGCUGCUCUGUGCACAGCAUUCCGUCUGCAACUUGUUUAAGAGAAAUAAAUCGGCGCUGCAUGUCCAACCAUGCUGAACAUGUCUCCCCCUCCCGCCAGGCUCUCAGCCACAUUCCACCGUCUUCAUGUCCAGUCAGACUGCUCUGUAAAGGCCAGCAGUGGCACAUCACUUCUGUACAUUUGACCUGUGCAGUGUGCAAAGAACAUAAUAAAAUACUCUAAKUGGAAAA